UGAGAUAGUAGUCAUUAAAGAAAAGUUGCAAAUUGCACAAAAUGCUUUUAGACAAUGGCACUACGCAGUACAACCAGAGGGUUGAGGAUAUAAGACUACUUAAAAAGAAAUUUCAAAUUUAUACACAGAGCGUGAAUGCUUAAAGCAUGCAAUAAAAAGUACGGCUAAUAUGAGAAAAGAAAUUGUUCGACUUCAAAGAGCUUUAAAUCAAGAACGCAUUCGAAUUAGGGCAUUAACAGAGGACGCGAAGACACCAACGGGUGUUCAUCGGUGGCGAAUUUUAAAAGGAGAAGACCCACAAAAUUUGAGCUACUGGAAAAACUUCAAGUAUUGCAAAAAAUCAGGAGGGACUCUAUAAUAAUUAAGUUUUCGU